UCGUCUGUCCUGUACAGGGGAGUGGAGAGGUAAACACUUACGACAGCUUUAGAACACAGUGAGAGCUGCUGCAUCCAGAGGUGAUCUCAGGAGGCCACAACACCAGCGCCUUUGCAGGAAGCACAUACAGCUGAAAAUGGCACGAGUUCGACAACCCUCGUUGUCUCUGAUCCACACAGGAAUCCUCUUAGCCAUUGUUCUGCUCCCAGAGUUCCUGGGGGCCGUGCCAGUGGAGCAGCACAAGGAGGAAGAAGUGACUUCAGUGUCUGAUGAUGUGAAAGCUGACGCCAUGGCCAACCUGAAGAGACUUGUUCGUAACAGAAGGAACGUCCCCGUCCUGGCUGUGCCACAGUUCAAACGCCUGCCUGACUUCUGGGGAUGGUAUAAGCACUUCAUGGACUCCCACAACCAGGAGGGAGUUGAGGAUCUGGAUCGUCUGUACAUGGCCUACCUGCAGAACAAGCACAGGUCAGAGGAGGGGCCGACCUUCAACCACUACCUCACACACCUCAGCGAAAUCUACAAGACCUGCGCUGAUUCUGAUGACCCAGAAUGUAUUUCAGAGUCCACCAGUAAGCCUAAGGCUUCAAUGGUGAUGCCCUCCUCCAUCAAGUCCGCUGCGGUCAGGCUGUGCAACCCCUAUGUCGACCCCUACUGCCUCUUUCCCCUUGUCUCUAAGGGUGCAGCCCCAGAGCCUGAGCCAGCUGCAUCCAAGGUUCCAGUUCCCAUCCUCACUCCCAUGCUGCCAAUGCCCCUGAAGAGCCCGACUGGCUUCUACCACUAUGCCCCUGUCCUGGAGCCCUUCCUGGGCUCUGACCAGAGAGCAGAGCUGCUGAGGAUCUGCAACCCAGAGGAUGUGGAGUGUCUGCAGUACCAUCUGAGAGCAGCGUAUGGGUAUCGUCCAGCUUCUGCCCCUGCUCCGUCCUACGCUGCCCUUAAAUGUGACCCCAGGGACCCCUACUGCAUGCCCCCCCUGGUCCAGAAGGCCCCAACUGGCUUCUACCACCUGAUGUACCCCAGCUGUGACCCAUCAGAUCCUCUUUGUGUGUCCAACGUUGUUGCUCCCGCUCCCCUUUCUGAGGAAUCUCCUAAAGAGCAACACUGCAACCCUCUGUUUGACGCUGACUGCAACCCUCUGUCUGCCACUAAGUUGUCAGGCCUCACCAAGCCUGUCCUGGAGUACACCCUCAAGGGUGCACCCGCUCCUCCACCUGCUCCUCUGUCCUGUGACCCUCGCUAUGAUCCAUACUGCAUACUAGCAGUCGCCGCUGCUCUGCGCAAGCCCCCACCACAGAUCCCCGCACACCAGGUCCGCUACAAGCUCGGCAUCCGUGGCAAGACCAGCGAGGGCCACGACUGCUAUGUGCACUAUGACAAAGACUGCACCCCGGUGAAAUCUGGCUACGAGGCCAAGGCUGACAUCAAGGCUCCCGUCAAGCCCUUCUGUCAUCCGUUUGACCCCAACUGCGGUAAAUUUGCUUCACCCUCCGGCAUUGAGGCUUCAAAGACUGGCAAGGGUGGUAUAAUCCUGCCUGACCCCGACUGCGACCCAGAGAUGGACUACAAUUGUCGUCUUCGUCGCGCUGAGCCUGCUACUGAGGAGAAAGCCGCUGACGAGCCUGCUAAGGAAGGACCUGUCCCACAGUCUGCAGUUCCACGAUUUGAAGACUUCCUCAAGGGCGUCAUGAGUCAGUACAAGUAGAUUUCAGUUAUAGCAUUUCAGAAGAAUCAAAAGUCUCUGCUAGAUAGAAAUGGAAAAAAAGGUGGUAAAUUGGUAGUUUGCUGGACUUUAUGGAUCACUCAACCUUCUGCAAGUCAUCAGUUCAAAUCAGUCACUCCCUUUCCCACAAAAUCUGAAGGUUUUUAAAUUUGUUCUCUCUUUAUUUUAAGGGGAAACUCUUAUAGAUGGGCCAACUAAACCAAACAUUAUGUGAAACGUGUGGAUUAAAUACUUCAUGUAUUUAUGUUUGUAGAAAAACAUGUAUAGAUGUGUGAUAAAGUAGGUGUAGCUGUGUCUCCCUGUUGUACAUUCUCUGUUUCUAGAGUUAUUCUGAGUGUAUUUAAUGUUGUUUUCUUUCACUCCAAACAUCACAAUCAUUCACCUGUUUAGUUUUUAAUGAAGUUCUGAAUAAUAAUAAAAAAAAGAUAUGGAAAAAAUUUGA